CGGCUCCUUACCCACAGAUCGUCCUUGUUGUUCUCGAUUCACGGAGAUCUAGUCAAACCACAAGAGCAUGUCGGGCAAAACCAUCAUCGUUACUGGUGCCUCGCGAGGUAUCGGCCUUGCCAUUGCAAAGUACCUUCUGGCCGCACCGCAAUUGCACAAUGUCGUCGUGGUCGCCCGCAGCAUCGAGCCUCUUCAGAAGCUCAAGGAUCAAUACACCCAGCAAGUCGCAAUUUUGAACGGCGACCUGUCCGACUUUUCGCUCGCCCAAAAGUCAGUCGACUUGGCCAUCAAGACCUUUGGCCGUCUGGAUGGCAUGGUACUCAACCACGGCAUCCUCGGACAAGUCGGCAAGGUUGCAGAGGCCGACCCGGAACAGUGGAAGCAAGGAUUCGACGUCAACUUCAUGAGCCUGGUCGCAUUUGUUAAAGCCGGUCUUCCAGCACUGCGGGAAUCGAAGGGCCGGAUCGUCUUCACCUCGUCCGGGGCCUCGGUGUCUGCGUACCGGGGAUGGGGUCUCUACGGCGCAACCAAGGCCGCCAUGAACCAUCUGGCACUGACCUUGGGCGAGGAGGAAACCGAUGUCACUAGCAUCUCCAUCCGCCCAGGAAUGGUCGACACUGAGAUGCAGCGUCAAUUGCGCGAGGACCAUGCUACGACGUUGGAACCCCAAGUGCACUCUAAGUUCACCGGAGCCUACGAGAGUGGCAAGCUGCUCAAGGCGGAGCAGCCAGGCCAUGUCAUGGCUAAACUGGUACUGUAUGCACCGAGCUCAUUAAGUGGGAAGUUUUUAAACUGGAAUGACAAUCUCUUGGAGAGUUUCCAAGAGUAGAUUUAUAGGCUCUGCAAUAUGCUUUAGAAAGCCAAUUAGCAUAUACUCUUAUCAAGAAGAUCAUGGAACACAAAAGCAGGAUAGAGAUGUUUUGAUCAGCCGAAAGAUGAAAAGCAGUACAUUUUAGAAGC